AUGCAGAUGUUAAAGCCAGUUAUAGAGAAGAAAAGACGAGACCGAAUAAAUCAGAGUCUUAGCGAGCUAAGGAUUUUGUUACUGAACUACAAAUUAGAUUCGCGUUUACAGAACCCCAAACUGGAGAAAGCAGAGAUUCUAGACCUGGCCGUAGAAUAUCUUCAAAAAAGGACAGACAAACGAAGCAUAAGCAAUGAUUGUUCCAUCCAGGCUGUGUGUGGGCUGAAGGAGGUGCAGCGGGUUAUUCACAGUGAGGUCUCCAUGGCAGGCGUCCCCAGUCCCCCAGCAGCAGCAUACUCCAGGUCUGCUCUCCCUGCCAUCUACACCGCAGGCUUCCAGCAGUGUGUCUCUCACCUGGCUGGCUUCAUGGGCAGCAGCAGCAGCAGCCCCUGGGAGAGAGAGGGCUUCAUCCUCCUCCAAGGGCUGAAGAGCUACAUAGACAGUCAGUGCCCAACCACAAACACCAGUACAGCCAUGUACCCAUCCAGUCAGUGCCCAACCACAAACACCAGUACAGCCAUGUACCCAUCCAGUCAGUACCCAACCACAAACACCAGUACAGUCAUGUACCCAUCCAGUCAGUACCCAACCACAAACACCAGUACAGCCAUGUACCCAUCCAGUCAGUACCCAACCACAAACACCAGUACAGUCAUGUACCCAUCCAGUCAGUACCCAACCACAAACACCAGUACAGUCAUGUACCCAUCCAGUCAGUACCCAACCACAAACACCAGUACAGCCAUGUACCCAUCCAGUCAGUACCCAACCACAAACACCAGUACAGUCAUGUACCCAUCCAGUCAGUACCCAACCACAAACACCAGUACAGCCAUGUACCCAUCCAGUCAGUACCCAACCACAAACACCAGUACAGCCAUGUACCCAUCCAGUCAGUGCCCAACCACAAACACCAGUACAGGGCAGCUGCAGUGCCCAUCCUCCUCGUCAUUAACAGACAUCCAUCUGAGGUCGGGUGGUAAGGAGAUGGCUCCUUGGGCAGACAUGGUGCCUGUGAGAGAGGGAUGCCGUCCCUCUAAACAGAGGGCUGUUCUCUGCCUCCGCAAAUCCACUUUGUGGACCACCCGCCAUUCUUCCUGCCAACCUAAUGGCCACUCCUACCCAUUGACACCUGACUACCUCUCCCCACCUCUGUCUCCCUGCCUUUCUUGUUCUUCUUCGGUUUUCACCACCCCUCCUACCAACUCCUCGUUUCCCUGUCACUUUAGUUUCCCUCCCAGCCUGUCACCUAUUUCCUCCAACCCCUCAUCCUGCUCCGGAUCCCCGUCGCUACAUAACGUCCCUUCUCCUCCACUUGGUUUUUCACCCACCCUCCCUCUCUCAAGUCCUCCCGGCCUCCCUCUCUCAAGUCCUCCCACCCUCUCUCUCGUCCCCUUUCCCUCCCAUACGUCUCUGUGGUCCCCUGUGACUGCACGAAGGCAAGAAUUAUUUAUUAACUCCACACACUGGAGACCCUGGUAGAAAGCCAGGUGUUCUCUAACUGACAGAGGGACUAUGAAACAGUUCAACAGGACCAACGUCAGAGAAACUGACAAGAGGAGAGAGCCACCUGGUGGAGAUCAUGGAGGUAACCUGAACAUGACCCUGCUGCUGCUGCUGACAUGUAAUAUGGUGCUCUUCUCGUUUCAUCAACUUUCCUCAUCAUUUCUGAAAUGU